AAUUUUUCCACUUUCAUAAGACUUAGAACUGCAGCAGUACAUAUUGCUGAAUACAUGCUGAAAUCUGAAUUGUCAAUUGUUAAUCAAAUUUAUAAAGAACGCAAUAAUUUUUUUACUUAUUUAGGUUUCAAAUUUCUAUAAGAUACGGACUUAGGCGAAUGCACGUGCUUCAAAAUUUUGUUUAAUUUAUCCCUAAUCUAUUAAAGCUUCGACACAAAGAACUUGAAGAAGUCUUAAAAAUCAGUAUAGGACUUAAGACAAGUCAAGUGAAUUACUUUUGUUUUUGAGAGAAUUUUUCCUCUAAAUAUAAGAUUAUUUUUUUGUAAGUACAUAAAAUGGAAAGAUACUAAAAUAUUAGUUCGCGCAUUUAACAAUUAGUGAAAAUCACUAAUAAUAAUACUAUAAUUAUAUAAAUAUAAUAAAUUAUUAUUAUUAUUAUUAUUAUACUAUAAUUAUCAAAACUGAUUUGAAGGUCAAAGUGAUGACUAAUAACUGGAAAGAGAAGAGGGAGGAGAGACGAAAAUCUGUACCAUGCGAGUUGCGACCGGCACAAUUGAAAGUUGUUCUUUUUGUCAGUGACCAGCGUCAGUAUAGUAGUUCACUUUUAAAAAUUCCAAAAAAUUAAUUCUCUAUUUAUAAAAAUUGUGUUAGUGAUUACGUGAUCCAAGAUUUUUAAAAACAUUUCCAUUUGGAAAAAAACUUUUCUUUAAAAAAAAAAAUGGGUCGUUUAAUAGAACUGGAACAUUUAUUUUACGUUUUUCAAAAAGUUAUGGAGCACAUUCCUGUUGGAAGAAAUGCUGUUUCUAAUGUUCAUAAUGUAAUAAAGAGCAAUGAUGAUGAGGCAAUAGUUAAAAUUGAGGCUGAUUAUGAAGAUAAAACAAUAAACCAAAGUGAGCCAUUUAAAAUAGAGAUCGAAAUAAAUAGAGAAACUAUAGAAGUUGCAGAAAAAAUUGCAAAAAUAUCCUGCUCAUGUUCACCAAAAUCGUCGAAGGAGAAUAUUUGUCCACAUACCAUGGCAGCACUUUUACUUAUUGAAAGAAAAUGUGAGGAGGAAAUAGACUCUAGCAUGGAGAAGGAGUUGAGUGACGCAAUGAAGAGGCUGUUAAUUUCGGAAGGUUACCCUGGUAUUAAUCAAAUUCUCAAGGAAACAUUAUUACAAGAAAAUUUUUCAGAGGAAGAGAUUACCAAUACUCUAAAUUUAUAUACAAAAAGAACCCUAGAUCAAUAUGAGAGAACAAUUAUGCAAUGGUGGAAGUUUUGUCAAAAAGAAGAAUGCUCUAUUUACAAAGGCUCAUCAUCUACUAUAACAAAGUUUUUAACGGAUAUCGUCAAAAAUAAGAAACCAAAUGGUGGUUCAAUUAAAUGUAGCAAGUCUGCUUUAUCUGCAAUUUUAGGUAAAACUUCACCAUUUUGGAAGCAUGUUUCGAAAAGUUUUAAAAUUGAGGAAGAAAAUUAAGUUUCACUAUAUAUCAAAGUGUGUCAGAAAUUUUUAUUUUAUUUUAUUAAGAUUUCAUUACGAAAAUCAGGAUCAAAAAUGUCCAAUUAAUUAUAAUUCUCAUAUGUUCAACGCCUUGAGAAAAUGAUUUUUAUUAAAUCUUUUUUAUUA